AUGGUGAUCCCUUACGUUCUCAAACCAACCCUUCACCCACACAUCUCUUCAGCGACCACUGAAACACGCACAAAAACGACAUUGGCUGAGAUUCGAACACACACACAAAACACACACACUACACCGCCACACAUCAGGUGGCUUACGGUGACCCGGAAAGGGGUAUCAUCGGAACGCGAUAGCCAUCGGGUAGAGAUGGCGACGCUCAUGAGAGAAAAAGGAAAGAGAACGAGAGAGAGAAGGAAAGGUUUACCAAUACUGGAGAACGUAGAGGAACGGAGGCCCCCGACGUCGGCCUUGACUCACGCAUCCGACGGUAGUGAAACAACAAUGAUAGUGCUCUGCUUACUCGGUGGCUCAACUGAUCGGAAGAAUAGCAACCCACACAGAAAUGACGUAGCUGUAGUCGUCGGUCUCGGUGGCUCUUCCAGCUUCCCUUAUGUCACCGGCAACAGCAAGGAGGUGGUGCUCGCCGGCAAGGCAGAUGGCGACGCCUCAUUUGGAUGGAAGAAGAAGAAACGGAGUUGGCGGCCGAUGAAAGCAUUCGAUGGGUAG